AUGUACACGCCUAACUCAAUCACUGAUCCGAUCGCGCAGGAGUUUGGCCAAAAGCUACGGAAAUACCUGCAGGAUGGAAGUGAGGAUCCAGAACACCUCCACGCCUACGUCAACUAUGCCGAUGGUGAAGAGUCUUUGCAGGCGGUUUAUGGGUGGGAUAAAUGGAGAUUGGAGAAACUGAGAAAGCUCAAGGCUCAAUGGGACCCCAAGAAUAUAAUGCGGUACUAUGUUCCUAUUGAAUAG